CGGAGGGGCUCUGCCAGCCCGCCGCAGACCUGCCCGGCUGCGCGCCGCGCUCUGUGCGUCCCAGCAGCCGCGGGUGCCGCGCCGAAGGCGGCCGGGAGAUCCCGGGACGCUCAGCUCCCCGCAACCCUCAGCGUCCCCGCGUCCCGGUCCUCCGGCAUGGCUGUGCUCCUAGCGGCGGUGCUCGCGUCCUCGCUCUACCUGCAGGUGGCUGCCGACUUCGACGGGAGGUGGCCCAGGCAAAUAGUAUCUUCAAUCGGCCUAUGUCGCUAUGGAAGCAGGAUUGACUGCUGCUGGGGCUGGGCCCGCCAGUCCUGGGGACAGUGCCAACCUUUCUACGUCUUAAGGCAGAGACUAGCAAGAAUAAGGUGCCAGCUCAAAGCUGUGUGUCAACCACAGUGCAAACACGGAGAGUGCGUCGGGCCAAACAAGUGCAAAUGUCACCCUGGAUUUGCUGGGAAAACCUGCAACCAAGAUGAGUCCUUCCACCCAACUCCUCUUGACCAAGGCAGUGAACAGCCUCUUUUCCAACCCCCGGAUCAUCAAGCCACAAGUGUACCUUCAAGGGAUUUAAACGAGUGUGGCCUGAAGCCUCGGCCCUGUAAGCACAGGUGCAUGAACACGUUCGGCAGCUACAAGUGCUACUGCCUCAACGGAUACAUGCUGCUGCCAGACGGGUCCUGCUCAAGUGCCCUAUCGUGUUCCAUGGCAAACUGUCAGUAUGGCUGUGACGUGGUCAAAGGACAGGUCCGAUGUCAGUGUCCAUCCCCUGGCCUGCAGCUAGCUCCCGAUGGGAGGACCUGUGUGGAUAUUGAUGAAUGUGCGACUGGAAGAGUCUCCUGCCCUCGAUUUAGACAGUGUGUCAACACGUUUGGGAGCUACAUCUGCAAGUGUCACACUGGUUUCGACCUCAUGUACAUUGGAGGCAAAUAUCAGUGCCACGACAUCGACGAGUGCUCUCUUGGACAGCACCAGUGUAGCAGCUAUGCCCGGUGUUACAACAUACAUGGGUCCUACAAGUGCCAAUGUAGAGAUGGAUACGAGGGGGAUGGACUGAACUGUGUGUAUAUACCCAAAGUCAUGAUUGAACCUUCAGGUCCAAUCCAUGUGCCAGAAAGAAAUGGUACAAUCUCAAAGGGCGAUGGAGGACAUGCUAACAGGAUUCCUGAUGCUGGGAGUACGAGGUGGCCCCUGAAGACACCAUAUAUUCCUCCUAUCAUUACCAACAGGCCUACUUCCAAGCCAACAACAAGACCUACACCAAACCCAACACCACAGCCUACUCCACCACCUCCACCACCCCUCCCGACAGAGCCCAGAACAACUCCACUACCACCAACCCCAGAAAGGCCAUCUCCCAGCCCCACCACUAUAGCACCUGCUACCAGUACCACUACACGAGUAAUUACGGUUGACAACAGGAUACAGACGGAUCCUCAGAAACCCAGAGGAGAUGUGUUCAUUCCACGGCAGCCGUCAAAUGACCUGUUUGAAAUAUUUGAAAUCGAAAGAGGGGUCAGCGCGGAUGAGGAAGCAAAGGACGACCCAGGUAUUCUCAUACACAGCUGCAAUUUUGACCAUGGACUCUGUGGAUGGAUCAGAGAAAAAGAUAGUGACUUGCACUGGGAGACAGCCAGGGACCCAGCAGGUGGACAGUAUCUCACAGUGUCUGCAGCCAAAGCCCCGGGGGGAAAAGCCGCUCGCUUGGUGUUACCUCUUGGCCACCUCAUGAAUUCAGGGGACCUGUGCCUGUCCUUUAGGCACAAGGUGACUGGGCUGCACUCGGGCACACUGCAGGUGUUUGUGAGGAAACACGGUACCCACGGAGCAGCCCUGUGGGGAAGAAAUGGUGGCCAUGGCUGGAGGCAAACCCAGAUCACUUUGCGAGGGGCUGACGUCAAAAGCGUCAUCUUCAAGGGUGAAAAAAGGCGUGGUCACACGGGGGAGAUUGGAUUGGAUGAUGUGAGCUUGAAAAGAGGUCGCUGCUGAGAAGACCCCUGGCAGCUCCCGAGCUAGCAGUGAAUUUGUCGCUCUCCCUCAUUUCCCAAUGCUUGCCCUCUUGUCUCCCUCUUAUCAGGCCUAGGGCAGGAGUGGGUCAGGAGGAAGGUUGCUUGGUGACUUGGGUCUCUGUGGCCUGUUUUGGUGCAAUCCCAGUGAACAGUGACACUCUCGACGUACAGGAGCAUCUGGAGAUCCCUUCUGGGGUGCUACCUUAUACUGGUGUCUUCUUUAGGAAGGCCUUUGGCAUGUGUGACCGGGGCCAUCCUUCCUCCUGGUUAUAGAGUGGGCCUGCUAGCCAACUACGGGAGACGUUUUCAUUCUGUGCAAAUGGAAUUCUGUGAUCUGUCCAGUGUUGUACCAUGAGUAGUAGUGACUUUGCUUACAGUAUGACAGUAUGAUGUACAGCGUGCUUGUGAAACUAGUGUAUCUUUUUCACUUCAGUUACUUCUGGCCUGACCUCAAUCCAUACUCUUUAUAACGGAGGGGUGUGCAACAUAUUAAGAUGCAUUUAUUCUUGUAAACUGUGUCUUUCUGUUAAAGACAGUUAUAUAGGGUGGGCAUGGAAUUUCCUGGUUAGCAGUACUGUGUUUGUGUAAAUGUGCUAUUACUAUAAGUAUUUACCUGUUCCUAAUAUCCACAGACUCUAGUUGCAAGGUCAAAGGCAGCUUAUGAUCCCCUGAGUUAAAAAACAAACAAACAUGGUGACCUGUCAUCUAUGCUAUGACUUAAACCAGCAGCAAGAAAACUAACAAAGGUGUGCAGCUUGGGGUAGUGUCAUGAUGGCUUUGUUUCUGUGUCCUUGAGUUUGACCUAUUCAGAAAACCAUUAAAGGGAAGUGAGGACCUGCAGUUAAUAUAUAAAACCCCUAUGUUUCCAGUUAUACUUUAAACUGACAGCUUUCACCAUUGUUACAUGCCUCCCUCCACCAGUAAGAAGUUUUGUAAAGAUUCUGUGGGGGUGGGGGUGGGGAGCGGAGGACCAGAGGACGGCCCAUAAGACAGGUGCUUAUAAUGAGCUUUAAAUCAGCAAGGUUUCCACGAGUGCAGCUAAUGUGUUACCUGAGGCUGGGCUAGGAAGCAGGCCUGUGCACAGAGGUGACGCUGGCGAUGAUGGAGCAACACUAGCACCGUCAAGGAGGACAAUAUUGGAAUUUUAAUAUCGACAGAGCCCCAACUUCAUCUCCUCCCUGUCAGACCUCUGUAUUAAAAAAACACAUAACUUUAGAGAGUCAACUUUUCUCCUUAACGUUUCUCUCCCUUCUGAUUAAGUAAGUAAUCAAAAUAUUUUCUGCUGUUUUUGCCAGGAGACACAAAGAUGAUUAAAGGGUUGGAAAAAAAGAUCUAUGGUGACAAACUAAAGGAACUGGGAGUGUUCUGCCUGGAGAAGAGAAGACUGAGGGGCAGACCGUGGGGGCUCCUCCAGGCUGCGAAGGGUUGGCACCAAGAGUUCUCCAUGUGUCCCGAGAAUAGGACCAGAGGGAACAGGCUUAGGCUAGAGUGUGAGGGGGACUUUCCUGGCAGGGACAGUUGCUAAGCCCAAUCCUUUACAAAAAAGAAGUGUGAUCAUAUUCAUUCUCUCUCCUCCUACUCCCUCCCUCCCUCCCUCCCUCCUUCCC